CAACUAAACAACUUAAUUGCAUAGCUCUGUUUUAUUAAAUUAAUUAAAAUAAGUUUUGUGUUGAAUUUUACAAGUUUAAUGUGGUUAUCAACUUAAUUAUUGGUGCCACCUACCUGCCCAGUGUUAUCCACUUGUUUGCAACAACAUACACUGAUUUGUUCUAAAUCUAUAUCUUACACUGCAUCAUGGAAGCCCUCACACGCACUGUGUCCGACCUGUGCAGCCAGUUCUACCAACGCAUGGCUGAAUUCGAGCAGGAGUUGAAGAGAACGCCAGAUGCGGCCACUGGACUGACAGCAGACUUUGCUGCUUUUCGCCAGUUUAUCAUCCAAGCACUGAGCACACUUCAGGAGCAAAUGAAGGUAAUGGCGCUUUCUAUCGAUGGGAUUGAAAUGCGCAGCCGUCAUAAAAUACUGCUUAUGCAUGGGGUGCCUGAAUCUGAGACGAAUGCUGAGGAUACUGCUCCAGUGGUGGUCAAAGUAGUCAAAGACCACCUCAAUAUUGACAUCACACCAGCUGACAUCAAGCGGUGCCGCAGAAUGGGACGUUCUUCGCACAAACCCCGACCUAUCCUGUUCAAACUUAAAGAUGUGGCUCUCCGAAAUAGAGUGUGGCUUGCCAAAACAAAGUUGAAAGGUUCGGGUAUCACUCUCUCCGAAUUUUUAACUAAAAGUCGACAUAAAGUCUUUAUGGCAGCUAGGGAUAAGUUCGGUGUGAGUCAGUGCUGGACGAAGGAGGGCGUUGUGUUUGUCCUGGACUCAAAGGGAUCCCGACACCGUGUUACGACUAUGGAGGACCUUGGUAAGGUCGAAUCGCAGCCUAGUGGUAAACAGCAGCAGUCAUCAGGACCAUCGGAGCGGGUUGUUGUUGUUGCACAACCCGUGACUGCCUCUGCCACCAGAACGGUCACUUCCAAGGCAUCCAAACGUGCAGCGGCUCGCAAGUAAACAAUGUUCUGCUUUGUGUUUGCUCCCUGUAGGUAGUUCAGGCUGAUUUACUUGAUACUUAACAGAAUUUUAUACAUUUUAUUUUUGACCAUUAAUGAUGGAGAUGAUGUACAUCUCCAUUUUAAUUUCCAUUAUUUAUUUUGCUUGUUAAGCGGUAGGCCAAUAUUUUAGGUAUCGAAUUGGUUUAUUUGAUGAUGUCACUGUCAUAAUUUAUUAUGUCAUGUCAUAGGUGUCAAACGCGCGUUUCGUUACACAUACAAUGAUAAGGGUUGAAAAUUUAAUUCUUUGUAUUUUCGUAUAAUAAAUUUCGUAUAAUAUAUAUAACUACAUAAUAAUUAACCACAACUAAACUAUUAAAUGAAACGAAAUGAAUGAUGAAGUAGUUUGGUAUUUUCUUGUCGAUGAAUACUAAUUCAUGCCUGGACUGCCACAGAUUUGUUUUGGUUUAUGAUUUUUUUUUUUUUUAUCGUUAUUAUUAUUAUUUUUUUCUCUUUGCUGUUGUCGAUUUUACCUUUUUUUUUUUUUUUUUAUUGAUAUUAAGUGUUUGAAUGCCUAUAAGGCAUAAAACUUGUUUGAAUUUAUUAUGUUGUUUGCAUCUCUUAUGUUCUUCCAGAUUAACUGGCAGGUGGCUAGUGGAUAUAUAUAUAAUUUUUUUUUUUAACACUUUAUAAUUUUUAACAC